AUGAAGCAUUUACUACAAAUCAAGGAACAGAAUUGGAAUGCAAUUGGUGAAAAAUCACGAAUAAAAGAGCUUGAAGAAGAGCUCAGACAAGUCCAUGAAGCUUUAGACCGAGCUCAGCAGGAAAAAGAAGAAGAUACAGAAACUGAGCUGAAAGACACAAAAGCAAAACUCAGAGUAAUUACAACGAAAUUUGCAAAUGUAAGGAAAGAACGGGACUCAUUGAAGAAAGAGAACCGUUCUCUGCAAAACGAAAUUUUGGAGCUGCAGUCUAACAUGAGACAAAUGGUCCCUGGAUAUCACAAUAUAUCCGCUUCAUUCCCAAUGCUUAAUGAGAUAACUGAUAUAUGCUCGAAGUUUUAUAAAUGUGACUGCCAAGAUAUGUUUUUUGAAACACUUGGACCUGAGUUGUCAAUGGAAGGUGUUGUGUAUUUUUUUAGGACUGCUUUUUCGAGAAUAAAUGACUUGGUAAAAGCAUAUUUUGCACCAGCUGAGGACUCGCUGAGACGUGUAAUUGGGAUUGAGACACUUGAAGGACCAAUUAUGAAUGUAUUGAGGAAAAGCUACCAAGUUACUUGGAAGCAAAUUUAUCAGCAAUGCGUGUCAGCAAUUUCUAUACAGAAAAUUGUUGAGGAUAUUAAUAGAGUGCUUAGACUUGGUGACAACUCUAAGUCGGCUAAUGCACAGAUCUAUGGGUUUAUACAGAAUCUAAGUGAACUGCUGUUUACUUUUUAUAUAAAUGAUCCGGCAAUCAAUGUACUUAAAAUGGGUAGUUGCGAUCCGCCUUAUUCGUGGUGGGUGUACUUAUUUAUAUCUUGGCGCAAGAUGCUGCCCAAGGAUUAGGUUAGCUCGAAGCGAGAGGACAGCACUAUUUCCGCUGAUUAGUUGCUUGGCCUGGGCAGCAAUUUUUGCUCGGAAGAGGCGGUCUGGCUAAAAUUCGCUUCAGGGUUGAAAAUGGUGUUGCCGGAAAAAUCCGUAUAGCUCUGAUCAAAAGAGCACGCACUGCAGAGAAACUUGGCUUUCAGUCCCGGCUUCGAAAGUCUUGCAUUUGGCCAUCCCACAGUCAUCGCUGUGGUGCGCAUGGUGCUCUAGAAGAAGAGCUUAAAAUAUACUGCCUCUAAUCUAAUUUAGAUGAUCCGCCAGUCAAAUGUGGAUGGGAGCAAGUUGGCCAAGAGGUCGAAUUCAGCUCUUUGCUUCAUGAUGCACUCGAUGGAUUUAUCAGACCUGGAGACAAGUGUAUUGUAGUCAUACCUCCUGCUUUUAAAGCUACUGGAGAGAUACUUGUGAGAUCUGGUGUUCUUCAUGUAGAUUAUGAGAUGAACAUUUAA